AUGUCCGACGACGAUGAUUUCAUGCAGGAUUCUGAAGAAGAGUACGACUUCGAGUACGAAGACGACGAUGAAGAGCAGAGCGGCGACGUGGAUAUCGAGAACAAAUACUACAACGCGAAGCAACUUAAGGGCGACGAACCUGAAGCGGCGAUCGAUGAGUUCCUGGGUAUACCUGCGCUGGAGGAGGCGAAGGGCGACUGGGGGUUCAAAGGUCUGAAGCAGGCUAUCAAGCUCGAGUUCAAACUUGCUCGCUACGAUAAGGCUGUUGGGCAUUAUAAAGAGCUUCUCACUUACGUCAAGUCGGCCGUGACGCGAAAUUACUCCGAGAAGUCUAUCAACAACAUGCUAGACUUCAUCGAGAAGGCUGCCGAGGACCCAGAGGCGUACCGCUGCAUGGAGAGGUUCUAUGCUCUCACGCUCGACACAUUCCAGAGCACCAACAACGAGCGGUUGUGGCUGAAGACGAACAUCAAGCUGGCACGACUUUGGUUGGAGCGAAAGGAAUACCGGCAAUUGACUGAGAAGGUGCGCGAGCUGCACAAGGCAUGCCAGAAGGAAGACGGAACCGACGAUCCGAGCAAAGGAACCUACUCGCUAGAGGUCUAUUCAUUAGAAAUCCUCAUGUAUGCAGACACGCGGAAUAACAAGCGCCUGAAGGCUCUCUAUCAACGAGCUCUCAAGGUGAAGUCAGCCGUGCCACAUCCCAAGAUCAUGGGAAUUAUCCGCGAAUGUGGUGGUAAGAUGCAUAUGAGCGAAGAGAACUGGAAGGGAGCACAAAGUGAUUUUUUCGAGAGCUUCCGAAACUACGAUGAGGCCGGGUCUCUCCAGCGGAUCCAAGUGCUGAAGUACCUGGUACUCGCAACCAUGCUUUCGGGCUCAAACAUCAACCCUUUCGAUUCGCAAGAGACCAAGCCGUAUCAAAACGAUCCUCGUAUUUCCACCAUGACUGACCUUGUUAAUGCUUACCAGCGCGAGGAUAUCCAUGACUACGAGAAAAUCCUCAAGAACAACCAGGACCUGCUUCAGGACCCCUUCAUCGCCGAGAACAUUGACGAGGUCACACGGAAUGUCAGAACCAAGGCUGUGGUCAAGCUAGUUGCUCCCUACACCCGGUUCACGCUCGCGUUCAUAUCGAAGCAGCUCAAGAUAUCUCUUCCCGAGGUGCAAGAUAUAGUUGGCUUCCUCAUCAUUGACAAAAGCCUUCGAGGCAAGAUCAAUCAACAGACGGGCACGGUUGAGAUCGAGAGUAGUACAGACAUGGAUCGGGUAAAGGCGAUGGAAGAGUGGAGCGCCGCCAUUGGGUCCUUGUGGGCCACGGUCCUGAACGAGGGAGAAGGGUUCAAGUUGUCGGACGACGGCGGUUCGCAGUAUGCACAGAGUGGCGGCGGACCAAUGACACAACAGAGUCUGAACGGCUUGGGAGCCAAACAUGGAAGAGCUCUGAAAGGCAAGGGUCCGGGUCGAUUGCUUGGAGUUGGUAGCAAAGGAUGA